GUUCACCAUUUUCCCAAUCUCACACACAGUGACUUCAAUUCUCCGUCGCGAACCAACAAACCCUUGAUUUCAGAAUCCAUGGCGAGACCAUCGAAGACGCAGUCAUCUUCCGACGAAUCACUCUCCAACAGCUCCAGUUCUUCAGAGGAAGAGCAACAAAUUGAACAAAUCAACGACGAAGAAGACGAGGAGGAGCUCGAAGCGGUGGCGCGUCCCGCUAGCUCCGGCGACGACGAAGUUGCGGAGGAUAUUCCGCCGGAUUCCGAUGAAGAUCCUGCCGCCGCUGAAGAUGCUGAUGACGACGACGACGAACAGGGUGGGGAUCAUGUUGAUCCUGAAAUUAGAAAGCGUGAGAAGAGUAGGUUAAGGGAAAUGCAGAUAAUGAAGAAGCAGAAGGUUCAGGAGAUUUUGGAUGCUCAAAAUGCAGCCAUUGAUGCUGACAUGAACAAUAGAGGAAAGGGGCGUCUGAAGUAUCUGUUACAGCAGACGGAGCUGUUUGCGCAUUUUGCUAAGGGUGAUCAGUCUUCAUCUGUGAAGAAGUCACGAGGAAGGGGCCGCCAUGCAUCAAAAGUGACUGAAGAAGAGGAAGAUGAAGAAUACCUAAAAGAAGAAGAAGAUGGUUCAGCAAACACACGCCUAGUGACACAACCAGCAUGUAUCCAAGGAAAAAUGAGGGAUUACCAGCUGGCUGGAUUGAACUGGCUCAUACGAUUGUAUGAGAAUGGAAUAAAUGGAAUUCUAGCUGAUGAAAUGGGGCUUGGUAAAACAUUGCAAACUAUAUCUUUAUUGGGUUAUUUGCAUGAGUUUAAAGGAAUCAAAGGCCCACAUAUGGUUGUUGCUCCAAAAUCUACUCUUGGAAAUUGGAUGAAUGAGAUUCGGCGCUUUUGUCCUAUUCUGCGUGCUGUAAAAUUUCUUGGCAACCCUGAUGAAAGGAGACAUAUAAGAGAGGACUUGUUGGUUGCUGGGAAAUUUGACGUUUGUGUUACAAGUUUUGAAAUGGCAAUCAAGGAGAAGACUGCAUUGCGUCGAUUUAGCUGGCGCUACAUAAUCAUUGAUGAAGCCCAUCGAAUCAAGAAUGAGAACUCUUUGCUGUCCAAAACAAUGAGGCUCUACAGUACAAACUAUCGCCUCCUUAUUACUGGCACACCACUUCAAAACAAUCUUCAUGAACUUUGGUCUCUUCUCAACUUUCUUCUGCCUGAAAUUUUUAGUUCUGCUGAAACUUUUGAUGAAUGGUUUCAAAUCUCUGGAGAAAAUGAUCAACAGGAAGUUGUCCAACAAUUACACAAGGUUCUCCGACCAUUUCUGCUUCGAAGGUUGAAAUCAGAUGUUGAGAAAGGGUUGCCACCAAAAAAGGAAACAAUUCUCAAAGUAGGCAUGUCACAAAUGCAGAAACAGUAUUAUAAAGCAUUACUGCAGAAGGAUCUUGAGGUUGUCAAUGCUGGUGGAGAGCGAAAGCGUCUUCUGAAUAUAGCUAUGCAAUUACGUAAAUGUUGUAAUCAUCCAUAUCUUUUUCAAGGAGCUGAACCUGGUCCUCCCUAUACAACAGGAGACCAUCUCAUUACCAAUGCCGGUAAAAUGGUUCUUUUGGAUAAGCUACUUCCAAAAUUGAAAGAGCGUGAUUCCAGGGUGCUCAUAUUUUCACAGAUGACCAGGCUGCUAGACAUACUUGAAGAUUAUUUGAUGUUUCGUGGAUAUCUAUAUUGUCGCAUAGAUGGUAAUACUGGUGGGGAUGAUCGUGAUGCCUCCAUUGAUGCUUUCAACAAGCCAGGAAGUGAGAAAUUUGUCUUUUUGCUAUCAACUCGGGCUGGAGGUCUUGGUAUUAAUCUUGCUACGGCUGAUGUUGUCAUUCUAUAUGACAGUGACUGGAACCCACAAGUUGACUUGCAGGCUCAGGAUCGUGCUCAUAGGAUAGGUCAAAAGAAAGAAGUUCAAGUGUUCCGUUUUUGCACCGAGUAUACAAUUGAGGAGAAGGUCAUUGAAAGGGCCUACAAAAAGCUUGCACUUGAUGCUCUGGUGAUUCAGCAAGGGCGAUUGGCGGAACAAAAGACGGUAAAUAAAGAUGAGUUACUUCAAAUGGUUAGAUUUGGGGCUGAAAUGGUUUUCAGUUCCAAGGAUAGUACAAUUACGGAUGAGGAUAUUGAUAGAAUUAUUGCUAAAGGAGAAGAGGCAACUGCUGAGCUUGAUGCCAAGAUGAAGAAAUUUACUGAAGAUGCAAUCAAGUUUAAGAUGGAUGACACUGCUGAAUUAUAUGAUUUUGAUGAUGAUAAGGAUGAGGACAAAUUUGAUUUCAAAAAAAUUGUGAGUGAAAAUUGGAUUGAACCACCAAAGAGGGAGCGGAAGCGCAAUUACUCAGAGUCUGAAUACUUCAAGCAAACUAUGCGUCAAGGUGGUCCUACUAAACCAAAAGAGCCCCGUAUUCCUAGGAUGCCCCAGUUGCAUGAUUUCCAGUUCUUCAACACACACAGGCUGACUGAGCUGUAUGAAAAGGAAGUACGCAAUCUCAUGCAAGCACAUCAGAAGAAUCAAAUAAAGGAUUCGAUAGAUGUUGAUGAACCAGAAGAGGUGGGAGAACCAUUGACUGCUGAAGAGUUGGAAGAAAAGGAACGCCUGCUAGAAGAGGGAUUUUCAUCAUGGAGCCGGAGAGAUUUUAAUACUUUUCUUAGGGCCUGUGAAAAGUAUGGACGGAGUGAUAUAAUAAAUAUUGCUUCUGAGAUGGAAGGAAAAACUGAGGAGGAAGUUGAAAGAUAUGCAAAUGUCUUCAAAGAAAGAUACAAAGAGUUAAAUGAUUAUGAUAGAAUUAUUAAAAACAUUGAGAGGGGGGAGGCUAGAAUUUCUCGGAAAGAUGAGAUCAUGAAAGCUAUAGGGAAGAAGUUGGACCGUUACAAGAAUCCUUGGCUAGAGUUGAAGAUACAGUAUGGGCAAAACAAAGGGAAGUUAUAUAAUGAAGAAUGUGACAGAUUUAUGAUAUGCAUGGUUCACAAACUCGGCUAUGGGAACUGGGAUGAGUUGAAGGCAGCAUUUCGAACAUCUCCCUUGUUUAGAUUUGAUUGGUUUGUUAAGUCUCGCACAACACAGGAACUAGCCAGGAGGUGUGACACCCUCAUUCGGCUGGUAGAAAAGGAAAACCAAGAAUAUGAUGAGAGGGAGAGACAAGCUCGUAAAGAGAAAAAACUGGCCAAGAGCAUGACCCCAUCAAAGCGUGCUGUGGCUAGACAAACAGAGUCUCCAUCUUCUACAAAGAAGCGCAAGCAAUUAACUAUGGAUGAUUAUGCAAGCACGGGGAAGAAAAAAAAGUAAAUGGACAUACACCCAGAAUUGCUUAUAGAGUAAGUAUAGGGUGGUUGGGUUUUAAAAGCCUUGGUGAUUUUGAUGUGCUCUGACAUGACAACUAAUGAUCAGGCUUGCUGACCAAAGUUCGUGUGACCAACCCCCUUUUUGUAUUUGUGUAGGCUAGUUUGAUAAUGUUAUGCCGAUGUUGAAACUGGUUGUUGUAAUAUUGUAAAGCGACGAACAAAUCCUUUAGAUUUAACUAGUACAAUGAAUAUGUUUAGUCCCACCUUUACACUUUUGUAGCAGUAGCAGACAUGUAUUAGGCUAAAAUGUUUUAAAGAACAGUUCGCCAAUGAAUGUUCAAUACUUGCAUUUCCCUCCCAUCAAAUAAUAAGACCAUAUAAAUUAAGACUCA